AUGAUGACCCAGCCGUUUCCUGCCCAUCAAGGCAUUCCUCAACACCCCGGAGUGCCUCCUGGCCAUCCAAUGGCCCAAGCCCAGCAUCCAAAUAUGGUCCAACCCGGUAUGGUUCAACACAUGCACCCUGGCGUGUCUGCUGCUGGUGGUCCGCAAGUGAGUCAACCUGGGCCCAUGAUGGCUGGUAUGCCUCCAGGUGCGACGACUGGCCCCGGUGGUCCAGUACCCAACGCACAUGCUCUGCAACACUUGAACCCGGCCCAGGCCCAUCUCCUUCAGCAACAACAACAGCAGCAACAACAGCAACAGCAACAGCCAUACGCAAUGAAUGUCUCGAACAACGCCCAAUUGCUACAACAGCAAGCAAUGGCCAGGCAACAGCGAAUACUCCAGCAGCAACACUUAGUGCAACAGCAGCAGCACCAUGCGGGUGGUAUACCGGUUUCGAUGCCUGCAGGAACGCAGGGUCUCAGUCAAGCUCAGUUAUCCGCUAUGCAGAACCCCAACAUGCGUGGCCCGGUCAAUAUGAUGCAUUUCCCGCAACAAAUGCAGCAUAUGCCUCCGAAUCUACAGCAGCAGCAACAGCAGUUUCUUGCCAUGCAGGCCCAAGCGCAAGCUCAAGCAGCUGUGGCCCAAGCGCAAGCAGCAGCUCAAGCAAACAGCCAACAAGGCCAACACACACCGCAAUCACGCGCUGCCGCCGUACCUCCCCAAAGCGUUACUCCCCAGCCGCAACAGGGUCCUCCAGGACCCCCUGGAAGUGCUACGCCUUCGCAGCAGUCCAACCCUCCACAGCACUCAACCCCGCAACCUCCAUCUCACCAGGGUUCGCAACCAUCACAAUCGACACCUAAUCCUCAACACCAACAGAUCCCUCAAGCUCAGCAGUCAAUGGCUCAGCAACAAUCACAACAACAAGCUCAAGCGAACCAGCAACAACAGCAGGUACAGCCGCCUCAAGCGCAGCCGCAGAAUGGCCAGCAACAAGUGGCACAGCCCCAACAGCAAGCUCAAUUAAAUCAGCAACAGCAAGCUAUGGCUACCCCAGAACAGCUGAAAAUGCAGCAACACAUGUUGCUGGAACAGCAAAGACGAGCGAAUGUGAACUCAUUUUUGCAAAAUAGAGGAACAUUGACACACUAUGUCAAUAGCUACUUUGAGACUUUAAGCACAUUUCAGAGCAAUGGUGAAGAUGCCGAUCUUCUUUUUUGGCAAGAAGUUGUAAACAAAUAUUACAACACUACAUUUCAGCCAAUGACUGGUCAACCCUGGGGUGUUUUACGCCAAGGUGUUCUUACGGCAGGCACUGGAUCGAAGUCUUUCGAGGUUAACGCAACCAUUCUGCCUCGCUAUUACGUCACGCUCUUCAAUAAUGGGAUUAGACGAAUACAAACGCACAUGGAAGCUACGCAAGAGUUCUCUCCUCAAAAUGGUUAUCGCGUGGUGUUCAGCCCCAAAGCUAGCUUCAUAUAUUGGUUCGCCAAUGACUGUCAGCUCUUCGUCAAUGGGUCGCUCAAGGUGCUUGUGAAUCCAGAUUACAAGUUUGAUUUGGUCGAUAUCUCAGUGUCAGGAUUUCGAGAAUUCAUCCCCCGCAGUCUUCUUCAACAGCCAGAACCAAUCGAUACAAAGCCAAGCCCGCGUGUGGCUAAGAAUACUAGUAAAAGGAUGCAAAAACAACAAUUGGCACAGCCCACCAUCUCGCCCCCAGAGUCAUUGGUGAAUGAAAACGGACUCCCACAUAGCGUCCAGUGUUUCCUCGAGAUAGCAGAGCCUUUGUCAUAUAUGACCAGUCUAAUCAGCCACAGUGCCAGCAACCCCCAUAAGAGUGCCAGCGAGCUACUCCGAGAUGUCACUGCAUCGCUUAGUCAACAAACAAUGAAUCCUGCCGCUCUCCAGGCUCAGGGCCAACGAACACCUAGUCUCAACGGGCCCUCUCAAUUCGCUUCCCCAUCCGUUGGUAAUAUGGGCUUGCCAGGAGCACAAGCCUCUCCGCAUUUAGGAAACUCCGCUCAUCCAAGUCCGGCUCAAAACCAUCUCAUGGGACCCGGAAUGAUACCCCAACAAAGCCAAGGUUCCUUGGCAGCGAACGGUAGCCAAGGUCCGAGUGCAAACACGAGUCCCAAUGUUUCUAAUAAGCGCCGUCGCGCUAGCACCGUUAAGACUGAGGGUGAUGAUGGUGUCGAAGUUAACGGAGCUGGUCCCACCGGUGCCGCAAAAGUGAGAGCAAGCCCCAAGGUUGGUGGCAAAAGACAUAAAGGCACUGCAUAG